AUGAUCUGGUUAAGAAGAUAUAUGCGUAUACCUCAAGAGUUGAGACCGUCUGAAAUAUUUAAGCAGAGUUCUUUAUCACCUAGUAAAAUCUUAUUGCAGAUUUUCUUGUUACAAAUAUUUUAUUAUCUGACGGCCUAUUCUUUAUUUUACGCAUGGGCUAUUUUAUCUGGUUAUGAAUUUGAGGCUUCUAAGUGGUUGUUUUCGUGGGAGCUGAUUGAUUUUUCUAAUUCUUUUGGCAUAGUUUUAUCAGGGUUGUGGCUAUUUGAUGCAUUGAUCUGUGUUUUAUUUUUGACGGUAAUUGUUGGACGUAGUAAGUUGGCGUGGGAUUUUGCAGUGACAAUACAUGCUAUUAAUUUAAUUAUUGUUUGGUUUCAUACUAAGGAACUGCCUUCGUUCUCAUGGUUUUUUUUACAACUCUGUUCAAGCCUGAUCUUAGUUUUCUUGGGUACCUGGACGACUAGGUGGAAGGAGUUGAGAGAUACAUAUUUUGACGGGUUACUUGAUGGAGAAACGUUCAGUAGUGGUAUGGGGGAGUCCUCGUAUAAUCCAAGUGGGCAGGAACAGCAACAGUUUGAGAUGAAGGAUUUGGAGGCCCAAAAAUAA